AGGGUUGUAGCACAUACGGAAAAAAAAAGUUCCUUUUCUCAUUUUCGUACUCGCUUCUCUUCGUUUUAUUUAUUCGAGGUGCCGAACCUCUUCAUCUCCCAUUUUUUCUUUCUACGAACUCGUUUUACAUCUUGAGCCGCAACCAUGUCUGGAGAACACCCCAAUCUCGACCGCGACCCCUACACCGUGGAUGUGGACCACAUCCUGGAUAGCCUUCGCGAGCAGGUGCUUGAGAAGAAGCCGGAUGAUGUCUUCAAGUUUCUCUCGAAAACCGCGCUGGAGCUCCAGAAAACGGAUAAGGUGGAAGUCUGCGAGCGCAUCGUGCCAAAGGUAAGUGAAGAGCAGAAGGUGCGCGCGCUGACGGUGGUCGUGCUCGGCGCCAGCGGCGACCUGGCCAAGAAGAAGACGUUCCCGGCUCUCUUCCAGCUCUUCUGCGAAGGCCUUCUGCCUCCACAGAUCAAGAUUGUCGGUUACGCCCGCACCAAGCAGGACGACGUGGAGAAGUGGAAGCACGAGACGCUCACCAAGUACUUCACGCGACUCUCCGAGCGCGGGUGCCACGUGGAGGAUUUCCUGAAGCACAUCACCUACUUCACCGGCAACUACGACAAGACGGAGGACUUCGUGAAGCUGGAUGAGCACAUUCGCAAGCUCGAGGACGAGUUCAAGGGUGCAGAGAAGGGCGGUGACCGGCUCUUCUACCUCGCACUGCCCCCCAGCGCAUUCGCCGUUGCGUGCAAGAGCAUCCGCGAAGGGGCGAUGCCGCAACACGGCUGGAUUCGCGUGAUUAUCGAGAAGCCGUUCGGCCACGACUCCGAAAGCUCUGCCGUGCUGUCCAAGGCGAUUGAGCCUUACUUUGAUGAGUCGCAGGUCUACCGCAUCGACCACUACCUGGGUAAGGAAAUGGUGCAAAACAUCAUCACGACGCGCUUUGCGAACCGCAUUUUCAGCUCCAUCUGGAACUCGAGCAACAUCGCGUGUGUGCAGAUCACGUUCAAGGAGACGAUCGGCACGGAGGGCCGCGGGGGCUACUUCGACAGCAUCGGCAUCAUUCGCGACGUCAUGCAGAAUCACCUGACGCAGAUCCUUGCUUUGCUGGCGAUGGAGAAGCCGAACUCGCUCGAUGCGGAGCGCAUCCGUGAUGAGAAGGUGGCGGUGCUGAAGUGCAUUGACCCCAUCGCAAAGGAGGACUGCGUGCUUGGCCAGUACACCGCCUCUGCGGACGGGUCGAUGCCCGGAUACCUGGAGGACAAGACCGUGCCGAAGGGCAGCACUUGCCCCACCUUUGCCGUGGUGAGGCUGCACAUCAACAACGACCGCUGGGCCGGCGUGCCUUUCAUUCUCAAGGCCGGUAAGGCCCUGGAGCAGAAGUAUGUCGCCAUUCGCAUUCAGUUUAAGGAUGAGAUUCGCCCCUACGGCGACGCCGCGCAGCGUAACGAGCUCGUCAUCCGUGCCCAGCCGUCGGAGGCGAUGUACAUGAAGAUCACAUCUAAGGUGCCCGGCCUGAACGAGGACCUCCGAAAGACACACCAGACCGAGCUCGACCUUACCUACCACUCCCGCUUCUCCGUGCACCUCCCCGAGGCGUACGAGAGCCUCAUCAACGACGCCCUUCGUGGCAACUCUACCAACUUCGUGCGCAAGGACGAGCUCGAUGUGGCGUGGCAUAUCUUCACCCCGCUUCUGCACCAGAUCGACCGCGGCGAGCUGAAGCCGAUCUUGUACCAGGCCGGCACGCGUGGCCCGAAGGAGGCGGACGACUUCAUCAUCAACAGCGGCUUCAAGUUCCAGAAGGGCUACCACUGGCUUCCCCCGAACAAGUUGUAA